UCUCGUAACAAAGAAGUUAACAAAAGUUGAAGUAAGCUUAUUUCAUUUUUACUAAUUGAACAUUUAAACUUUGAUUACCUUGCAACAUGCAGUUUUAUGAAGAAAAUAGGAGACCUGAAUCCAACCGGAAGUUCCUUAUUAAGCAAGUAGAAGAACAGUCGGACUGGUGUGAUGUCACACUGAGAAUUGGACCAUGGGAGAAGAAAUUUCAUGGCUGUGUUCUGGUUGCCAGUCCGUUCUUUGAUCAGAUACUGAAGAGUAAUUUUUUAGAGAAACAGACAGGAAAGAUUGAAAUGGCAAUAGGUACACCGGUCACCUUGGAAAUGGCAGUUAUGUUUCUGUAUGGAAGGAAACCUUUGUUUACAGAAGAGAAUAUCGAGCAAAUGAUGGAUUUGGCAGAGUUUCUCCUUAUUCCAAACUUGAAGGCAGCAUGCGUACAUUGGAUUACUAGGUUAAACAUCACGGAGGGCAAUUGUAUCAAUAUUAUACAGCUUUCAAGCCUUUAUGACCUUUACAUUCCUGAAUGUGAAGAAUAUUUUGAAGGACAUUGCUCGAAACGCUUCAACACAAUCAGUCGCUUAACUUAACAAAAGAAUCUGUCCAGGCACUAUUUUUGGAUCCGAAACUCUCGUAUGUACCCAUGGAUUUAAAGAUAAACUUUCUAGUUAGAUGGGCAAAUGCUUAUCCUGAAAGCAGGAUGAACGACGUAUUUAAAGGACUAUUGGAAACAACGAUUGAUUUGAUCGAUCUCAGUAGGUCGGUGCUAGAGGCGCUAAGUAAAGAUAAAAGGUUAAAAGAUUUUAUAGAUUUUGAAGAAAUACUAGGCAGUCCAAGGAACGAACACGCAAAACAUCGCGUUUUAAUAAUGAAAAGUUACAGUGACAAAGAAUUCUGGUGUCUAGAUUUAGAAAGGGAGAAAUGGUUCAUAGUUACCUCAAGGUCAUACGAUGAAGAAUGGUUUUGUCGGAAUAACGUAAUUUCUGGCUCGAGAAGCACAGUACUAUCAGAGAUUUAUUUCAUGGACAAGGUGUCAUCGAGUGUUCAAAUACUAGACUUAGAGAGGGAUACUUGCAAAACAUACAACUUUGUCAUAGCAGAUAGAAGGACUAAGGCCGUACAACUCUUCAGUAUGGUUGAAAACGUGUAUGUUGUUGAAGUUAUCGAAAAGAUGAAUGUUGACAGGUUGAACUACACUCUUUUUUCGCCAGAGGUAGACCUGAGCAGUCUUCUAAACUAUAUUUCUUGCCAAAGAACGAUGAAAAGUGGUGGUUGCUGCAAUAUUGAUAUGUCAACACUUUAUAUCGGCACCAUGGAUAAUGAGUGUAUUGAGAUGUCACGUAUACUGGGUUUCGAAGGAUUUGGGAUAUCACAAAUCUGCGCAAAUAAGGUCAAUUCUCGUACAAUUGUAGCAGUACUUUUCAAAACUAAGAAACAUGUUUCAGUCUUGGACAUCGACAACCGUAAAAUUGAAACAAAACAAAUUGAGACGGACGACAGCGAUAAACUCGAACGAUGUGAAGACGGGUUUGUAAUUUACAAUGGCGCUCGGUGUAUUUGUUUAACCAAUCUAGAACUGUCAACUCUUUCUACUAAGUAUGAUGUGAAAGAAAUCUUAUUUGAAAAUAAAGACGACUGUCGUCACAGUAAGUAUCUCUUUCGCGGCAAUAAUUGGUAUCGUUAUUACCAUGAGAUACCCCAAGAUCGCUACCAGUUUGAAACCGCUCUUCACAAUGACGUCAUUUCAAACAUGUCUUUUAAAAAGUUAGAAUGGAAACCGUUACCGCUUCCAGGACAGAUUUCGAAGCUCUUCAAUCAGCACAUGCACGAUCUCCUGUUUCAGAUCAGUCUUCCCAAAAGUAAGCUACUCUGCGACAUAGAAUGUCCUCAUUGCAAGUUCGCUGGAAGAGCAACGGGAAAUAGGGAAUCAACAUGGUCUUCCGACACAGAUGAUUUAUAUUAUGACGAUGGAUAUGACUACUACUUCGAUUCUGAUUGAAAAACAAACAAAGAAAUAACAGCAAAACAAAGACUUGUUUUAAAAGUCCGCUCGGAAAUCAUAUUGAAGGCAAACAGUUUUAUCUUUGACUUCUUGACUCUCAUGAUAAUUGACGUGUGAUGAUGGUUCUUUUACUGGUUGAUUAUUGCGGAUUCAGUUCUCGUAUUACCUGACUUAAAGUAAAACAAACUUAUUUUGGCAGUAGAUGAUUACUCUUCUUGCUAAAUAAAUGGCUACGACUUCACACUUGCAAAUAGAUACUUAAAUGAUAACCCAAAAUUGGUAAAUUAUGUCUCCCCCGUACAUAUUGUUUUGGCCUUCUCCGUCCGUCUGCCCGUCCGUAUUAAGCUUAGUCAAAUUUCUAGCCGGAUUUCGACGAAACUUCACAGGAAUGAUCAGUACCAAUCCUAGCUGUGCAUAUCGCCGGCACGUUCCCUUUCGCUACACAAAAAGGCCACAAGAGCUAAAAAUAAAAAAGUCAUGUCCGGCUUGCACAGGUCAAACUGCUGACUUGAUUGACGAAACUUCAUAAGAGUGAUCAGUACCAAGCCUAGUUGUGCAUAUCGCCGGCACGUUUGGCUUCGCUGCACAAAAUGGCCACCAGAGCUAAAAAUAGAAAAAUACUGUCCGGUUUUCACAAGUCAAACUGCCGGCCGGAUUUCGACGAAAUUUCAUAGGAGUGAUCAGAACCAAGCCUAGUUGUGCACAUCGCCGUCACGUUCUGCACCGCCGCACCAAAUGGCCGCAAAAACUAAAGAUAGAAAAAAUUGUGUCCAGCUUUCACAGGUCAAACUGCUGGACAGAUUUCGACGAAACUUAACAGGAGUGGUCAGUACUAAGCCCAGUUGUGCAUGUCGUCCACACGCUCCGCUUCGCUGCACAAAAUAGCCGCCAGAGCUAAAGGUAUACAUAUGGGGAUACAUAUGUUUUUAUGACAAAACACCAAGUUUAAUCAACUUAACGUACAGAGUGAACGGCUUAAAUCUAUCAAAACGCUGCUACAAUGGACGCUUAUCUAAAAAAUGGAAUGUUUGAAUUUGUGCAGAAGGCUUAAUGACCUUGAGAAUGUCCACUGGGCGAUUCACCGGAGUUCCCUGUUAGCGACUUUUUCAAGUUUCAGGUAACGUGUUAGACAAGUUUCAGUUUCGUUUUAUCUUUGAGGAAGUUAAAUCACAGAAGUAUUUUUUUAUAUUAUCCAGGGAUUUUCCGGUUAGAUUUAAUCAUCAGUUGUACAGUUGUACUUUGUUGUAGAUGAGGCGUCUACCCGACUGUUAGGUAAGACUGAGUGACCACUUAUUGUUACUUACUGUGGGUUCGAGUCCUUUCAGAAUUAGGUUUGUUUUCUUACACUAAUACGAGGAAGCCAUUAACUUAAGCGCCGAACUUGUGGAAUUUCAGUGGUUCCAUAACAUGUCCUUGCCUGAUAUAAUGUGCAGAGGAAGAAAUCUCGGUUCUUUGUCCGGGGCUUCAGCCACCACUACAGACAGUAAGUUAUCUUGAAUGUCUGUAUUGAAAAUAAAACGCAGUUUUUGUCUACAUUUUAUUGCAAAACGUUAUCGUACGUUAUUCUUUGACCACUUUUAUCUAAACAACAUACAGAAAUGUAUUUCAGUUUGCAUUUAUGAUAAUCCUAUUAUAUCGUCGCGACAGAUGUGGUAAAAUACCGUAAAUAUGAUAUAAAUACACGAAAACUCCAUGCUUAAACCUGCAGUUGGUGUUAAGGCAGUGCAUCGGUCGAGAGUUUUCUGCUACAAAAUGCUGUUUUACUCCGAUAGUAUUUUACAAAUAUACAUUUGUUUGUAGGAUAAGAAUGUUGAAGAUAACAAUAAAUCAAUCUAGUUAGUUUGUAGCCACUUUUUAUUUUUCUAAAUUUAUUUUAUGGCUCUUUUUCAUUUGCAUGUGCAAUUAUAAUAACUUUUCAUACACUGUAUGCAUUAUAUCAUAUUAAAAGAAGCAGGUGUUGAACUACGAGUUCUAACAAUACCAGUAAACGGUUCUCUCCAACAGUAUUUCACAAAGAUGUAUAGCAGUUAUUUAUUUUUUUUAUAGAAAACGUAUUAUUCUAAAACCAGAUACAAGACACUCUGAAAAUAUUUUAAGUGCAUAAGACAGACAGACAAAACAAAGCAAUGAAUAUUAAUGGAUAUUUUAAUUUCAGUCCCUAGCCUGGUCUUAGGGACAUAGACUUUACACUAAACAAAACGAUUAUGAACGAUUUAGAC